AUCAGCAGCAAACACAUAAGGAGACUUUGAGAAACUCUGUGCUGAACUCAACUCUGCCCAAUUCUCUUUUGGGAGGUCAGCCUGUGCGAGAGGUGAUCCAGAAAGGCCACUACACGGCCCUCUCAGUGUGUGCGUAUGAGGACGACCACACAAGGGUUAAGAGAGGAGAUCGGGAAGCUUUAGAGGAUGUCAUAUCUCGAGAGUUUUCUCCUGGAUCUGAAGGCCGUAGGCUGGUUCUUUAUGGUGGUGUUGGAAUGGGUAAGACUACAGCGGUAGAAAAGGUCAUUUGGGAUUGGACGACAGGUGCGCGCCUGCAACAUUACGCCCUCCUCAUGCGAGUGCCGGUUUGGGAGCUGGCCGCUCUUGGAGAGAAAGCAGAGAGUUUGCAGAACAUGUUGGGCUGCAUACACACUCACAUUUCCACAGAGACUCUCGCCGGCGCUCUACAGAGGCCUCAAUCUCUGCUUCUUGUGCUUGAUGGAUUGGAGCGAUUGCAGAACCUUCUAUGCACUCCAUUGUCCUCAUCUAGUCUUAUAUGUGAUGUACAACAAGAAGCGUCCGGCUCGGUCUUGCUGUGCAGUCUACUUCACGGAUCUCUGCUUGCUGAGGCUUCAAUGCUGAUCACCUCCCGAGAGCCAGUCGAGUCUUUGAGAUGUUUUGAGGUGGUCGGGUUCUCCCAGACCCAGAGGAGAACGUUCUUCCAGCAGUUGUUUGACGACAGAGGCCAAGCAGAGAGACUUUUUCGCCAAUGUGAGCAGGUGUUGGGAGUGUACGAGCAGUGUUUUCGUCCGGCCUUCUGCUGGACGCUUUGCAAUGUGUUUAAAACUCAUUUCGCGAAUAAAAACACCCCACCUGAGACUCUUACUCACCUGCUCAGCAUUAUCACACACAUGCUCCUGCAGAAACCGAAGAUGCAUGCAGAACAAACCAGAGCGCUUGUGUCCAGUUUGGGAAAACUUACCAAUCCGGUUUGCUCCUGCAGCGACGUCACAUCCUGCGGCCUGCGUUCUUUUCUGCACAACCCCAUGCUUUCAGCUUUUUUGGGCAUCAAUGGUGAUGUCACUCACCCUGAUGCCACAUUCUCCUUUCUGUCUCCAGUGAUGCAUGAG